UUGGUUACAUUUUGGACUUUUCAGGUAUCGCUGUACAAACCGGAAACCGCUGAAGCUGGCCACAAUCCUACGCUAUUGAUAUCAAACGCUGCCAAGAACGAUGCUGCUCGACUCGGCUACAUUCCUCCUCCGCCAAAACCGGUCCUCGAAUUCGCAUCGUUGCCACCUGAGUACAAUAACACCCAAAACUACCCAGGCUAUCGUCCGGAAGCUCCUGUAACCCAACCAACGACUGUGGAACCAUUCCACCUCGAGGUGCCAACGAAAGGUCCACAUGUGUUCAUGCCACCACAAAACUUCCCUGCUCCAUCUUCUCCAACAACUGCCCCUCGCGUGGUGCAGACGACAAGUCAGCCUAGCUACUCUCCUACGGCAAAAACCAUACCAACGGAAGCUCCACCUGAAUUGCCUUCUUCAACAACAGCCCGUUACUACAGCUCGGAGGGCACAACGCAUGGCACCAGCUGUAUACGCAUCCUGCCUAUUGGAAACUACCAUCCACAAACGGCAUACCGCGGGGGGGAAGUGUCUACCGAAAGCCCACACACUACUCGUACAGUAUCCACAGAAGUUCCAGGCCCCUACGAGACAACCCUACCUCCAUGGUCACCCACCUAUAAAACUGUGCCAACCAGGGCACUGACCACAGUGGGAACAACCCCUUCACGUGUAUCGUUUGAAUCUCCAACGACUCCAUCAACGCCUACUUAUGUUUCUGUAGAAACGCCACCACAGUUCACGAGGCCUUCCAUUUCAACGGCUAACGUUCAGCAACCGACAACGCCGUUGUCGUCUCAUCAAGAGGAGUUCACUCCAUCUCACGGUUUCACGCCUUUUGAAGAAUCAUUAACAACACCUCCCAGAGUCCCAUCGGAAGUUCCGACUUCUCCCUCAAGAGAAGUGCCAACGACGCCUUCUAGGGAAGUCACAUCGACGCGUCCUGGAAUACCUCCAAUUCCACCUCAAGGAGAGAUACCAGGGACUUCCACGGAAUCCUCUUCUGGUAGGCCACCAACAACACUCUUCGGUGAAUCAUCUCCGACGCCAUCCAGGGAAACCUCAACAUCUCCCUUCGAACAGUCGAAUACGACACCCAGAGAAUACCAGCCGUCUUACUCUGGAGGAACGCCAACAGCACCUUCUCAGGAGUUCACAGUGACUCCAACUCGAGGAUCAUCGACCCCUUCUGAGCAGUUCACUCCGUUCCAGCCCUCCAGAGAAAUUCCACCA